CGCCGCAGUCUGAUGACGCAAACGCGCUUCGUUGUCGUUGUCGGGAGUUGGAGUCUGGGUCCUCAGGGAAGUCGUCAGCUGCUACCCCUGUAGCUGCUUUAUUGUUAUGGAAGCGUCAGCAAUGCUUUUGUUGAGUGAGAUAAGACGACAUUGAGAGUGAUGGCUGAAGAGGGACCUGGAGAUGACAUUGUCUCUGAGUACCUGGGCCAGAACCCUCACCUGGCACCAUGGCUAGAGUCACUCAGAGGGUACUGCGAGACCAACAAACAGUGGAAUGCCAGGAGGGAGUUCAUUCUGCGCAACUUGGAGGCCUUUCCCACUGUUGAGCCAGGGGUAUCAAGCCCCAGUCUUGACAAGCUACUCUCUCUCUCCAUGGUAUGGGCCAACCAUGUGUUCCUGGGUUGUCGCUAUCCCCAGCCAGUGAUGGACAAGAUCAAAGAGAUGGGAGAGGGAGUGAAGGUGCAAGACGCCCCUGUGUGGAAGACGAGGGAUGAGAUCAUGGGCAAAGGGAAAAGACCUGGUCUCUUUGAUGGAAAUUCAGACGGCGGUGGGAAGAGAUCCAAAACCAGCUCUACCAAAUGGGGCCCUUCGGCCGACGCCCCGGCCACCCACCAGCCCUUCUUCAACCGCCUCUACAAGGCCGUGGCCUGGAAGCUGGUGUCGGAGGGCGGCUUCGGCGGACCCAACCUCGACCACCACGAGGUGCUGCGCAGCUGCGUGGAGACGGCCAAGGCCAGCCUGAGCUGCGUGUUCGUGCCGCUCAAGGACAUCCCCGACCUGCCGACGGCGCGCGCCCAGCGCGAGGGCCAGGUGUGCGAGCUGCGCUGCCAGACGGUCUACCUGGGCACGGGCUACGGGCGCGACGAGGCAGCCGCCCGCGCCAUGGCCUCCAAGGAGGCCCUCAAGGCCUUCCAGGGCAGGAAGGUGAUCGUGAGGAUCGGCCGGCGGCGCUUCCAAGGCCGGGACGUGGAGGACGUGGUCCUGGUGGACGACCAGACGCGGAGCUCCACGUUCCCUCCCGCCCUCAGCUACCCUUUUCAGCCAGAGCAGAGCUGCUCCUAGCAAAAGCGCGGGACUCCUGUUUUAAAAAAGAAAAAGAAAAAAACCCUCAAAAAUGUGCGUAAUGCUACAUGAGGUUCUUGUCUCAUUGAGACUCACUCAGUAAACCUCGUAGUGAGUGUGUCAUUCAUCACUGUAUAAUCUUCAGUCUAAUCUACCGUGUUAUUAACUCCAAAAUUUCUGUUCUUUUGCCAUUUGCAUUAAAUCAUUAUUUUGUAAUUACAUAUUUUUCCUCCAAAUUGAAAUGUAUUUAUGAUUUAGUGAUGACAUGAUUUUGUGAAUCGUGUUUUAACUUUUUGCACUUGUGACUGGCGAUCUGUGUCUGCUAUUAUAGGUCAGGGAAUUCAGACUUUUCCGUUCAGACGUCGUAGCACUGCAUGUAGAGAAGCUCGGCACAGGAAGCCCUUUAUAUGGUGUUGUCACCUUCCUUACCUCAUGUCAGUGCCCAUAUCAGAUCGUUGUUCUAUGAAAGCUGAUCCAUGCAACCAGGUGUACAGAGACGUAGGACAUUCUUCUCUCCCUCUAUUUUUUUUUUUUUUUUUUUUGGUCCAGGUCCAUUUUGAAUGAUGAUCAAUAGCAAUGGCUUUCUUUGGUCUUGUCACAGAUUUGGCAAAGGACGUUUGUCCAGUGCAGUUGUAAAUCUAUUUCUGUCUAUGAAGGAGAAAUGUGGAGUUGAUGUACACCCGCUUUGCUUUUGCAAGUGAUGCCAGACUGAAUUAUGAAGAAUAUCUGUAAAGAAAUGGUUAAAUGAAGGCUUUGAAGUGAGCUCGUUAAAAGUUUGGUUUAUUAGGUUAUGAUAAAAGUUACCAUGGUUGCAAAAAAUCCCUUAAUGGAUGAUAUUUUAUAUUGUUUUGAUUGUAAUGAUUGCUUUGGAAUUGUGCCUUGGGGCUUUGAAUGGGUACGUUUAUGUUAUGUUAGUGCAUUCUAGGGGUUUGCUGUCUGGUUUCAAGGAGAGUUAGGGGGAUAUAUAUAUUGUGUCCCCUCUAAUUGUCAUUCCACAUUUGUCCUUUUCUGAUUUUCCAAAUGUCUGUCUGUGCCAUCUGUUUGAUCACUCUCUGAAGACAGUCUUUGGUUUUCUCUAUACUAAUAUUGAAAGUUGUGGCCCUUGGCGAAUCAAUGACCCCUGUUGUUUCCACAGGAAAGUUUAAAGCUUGAGAAGUUCAGAUAAAACCACUUUUAAUUUGCUGUGUUCGGUGAUACAGUUGGAUUGUUGUGUGUUAAAAGAAAAGAGAUGCGUCUGAGUUCAGCUGAGGUGUACUGAAAGGAGAGCUCUGCUGUGUUAUGAGUUUUCUUGUUCCUUUCAUUAGAGAGUGGCCGGAUUGCCCAUGGCGUUUGUUUGUAUUCACUCUGUCAUUCUGAAUACUUGUAAAUAAAAUUGUAUAAAAAUGAA